GCCCUUUGCUACACGACCCUCUCUGGAACAAUGGUUCAGUCCACCUCGGGAGGAAAUGCCUCGCCAACCGACCAAUUGGAAUCUUGCCUCGCCAACCGACCAAUCGGAAGAGUCCUGGGAGAAAAUUCAAAUACUGAAGCUCAAUUUUAAAAGAUAAGUCCUAAGAAGCGAGGCAAGAUGGCGGAAGAAGGCGGCGUUACCGUUUGCGUGAGAGUGCGGCCACUUAUUGCAAGAGAAAAUGAAGACCUUGAUGAAAAAGGACAGGUUUCAUGGAAAAGUGAAGGCUGCACUGUAUCACAAAUAGAUGGAACCAGGUCAUUUGUCUUUGAUCGUGUGUUCCACUCUAACAACAGUACAAAGGAAGUCUACCAAGGUGUGACUGCUCCUAUUAUCAAGUCAGCAGUUCAAGGAUAUAAUGGGACUAUUUUUGCUUACGGUCAGACAGCUUCAGGCAAAACGCACACAAUAUUGGGUACGAAAGAUAAUCCAGGUAUCUUACCCAUGGCCAUUAAUGAUGUCUUCAAUACAAUCUGCAGUAUUCCAGAUAGGGAAUUCCUGCUCCGUAUAUCAUACAUGGAAAUUCAUAAUGAAACUAUACAAGACUUGCUAUGCAGUAACAUUAGGAAAAAGAAGUCAUUGGUGGUUCGUGAAGACAUCAAUAGGACCAUCUAUGUUGAAGAUCUGAAUGAAGAAGUAGUGGUUUCUCCCGAAGAGGUUAUGGGCUGGCUGAAGAAAGGAGAAAAAAACAGGCACUACGGAGAAACAAAAAUGAAUGAAAAAAGCAGCCGUUCUCAUACAAUUUUUAGAAUGAUCAUUGAAAGUAAAGAAAAGCAUACUUCUGGCUCAAGCUAUGAAGGAGCUGUAAUGGUUUCUCAUUUGAACUUUGUAGAUCUGGGAGGAAGUGAAAGAGCCAGCCAAACAGGAGCUGAAGGGAUUCGACUUAAAGAAGGGUGUAAUAUUAACCGGAGCCUCUUCAUCUUGGGCCAAGUUAUCAAGAAACUUUGUGAUGAUCAAUCUGGAGGCUUUAUCAACUACAGGGACAGUAAGCUAACAAGAAUUCUCCAGAACUCCUUGGGUGGAAAUGCCAAGACUGUUAUCAUAUGUACAAUUACACCAGUAUCUUUGGAAGAAACUCUUAGCACGCUCCAGGUUUCCUCUCAUUCUCAUGCCAAAGAUCAGUUAGCGCAACUCUUGGAAGAGAAGAAUUCUGUUCAGAAAGAGCAACAAGACAGGAUAAGAGCACUCACAGAGAUGUUGGUGACUUCAUCCUCUUUUUUGCGAGAACGGGAGCUAAAGGCUAAAAAGAAGAGGCGUGUGACCUGGGCCCCUGGACCUGUAAGCCAAGAUGGGGGAAGUCCUUUCUUAGAAGACUUUCCUGGAAGAGCUAAACGCUUUAAAGGUUCUCUAUCUUGUGUCACAGAGAUGGAAGAAUCUGUCUCCUCGGAAUUCUCAGAAUAUGAUGAUCAGUGCAUGACAGCCAGUGUUAUAAUGCCUGAGGAAGAAUGGAUCCCAGGAUCCGAAAUAAACUUUACUCCUAAAGACUUUGCCGAGUCGGUUCAGCUUUGCCAAAGCCUCUUGGAAGAAAGGGAUAAUGCCGUCACUGAACAGCAAACCAUAAAAUCAAAAUUUGAUAGUGUGUGCUUGGAGAAAGAACAGCUGACCUAUGAACUCUCAGAGCUGCGUGAGAAAAUCUCAACCAAUGAGUUUAUGGCCCUUGAGAAAGUGGUUUCUAAAGAGCAGGAGAUGCAACUAAUACAUGAAAUUACCAACUUAAAGGCUAUAAUUUCAAAUGCAGAAAUAUACAAUCAAGACCUUCAGCAAGAAAUAAACUCAAAAGACAUGCAGUGCAAGGAACAAGAGGAAAGAAUCGCAGCAUUGGAAGAGCACAAUAAGAAACUUAAAAGCCUUGUAGAAGAGUUUAAAAAAGACAAAAAUGAAACAACCAUUUUAGUACAAACGCCAAGGAAAAACCGGGAUGAAGUGCAAGAAUUAAAGCAGUCUCUCAGAGAUGCUGAAGAAGUUGCCCUGGAUGCCAGGAAAGAAUCUGCAUUCCUCCGAAGUGAAAAUCUAACACUGAAAGAAAAAAUGAACCAGCUGUCAGAGACUUACAAUCAAAUGGAAAAAGAUCUUGAGAAGUAUAAGACCCAAUUAGAAGCUGGAAAAGUCACCUAUAAAAAAAUGCAGUCUGAUCUCCAGAAAGAACUACAAUACUACUUUCAAGAAAAUGCAAAGCUGACAUCUCUGGUGGAAGUUAACAAUUCAAAAGACUUGUUACCAUAUAUGGAGUUGGAAGGGAAAAUGGAAGAUUUAAAAAAUGAGCUGAAUAAAGCUUUGGAAGAGAACGUGAGUUUAAAGGAAAAGUUGACUGAUUUAUCAGACGCAAACUCUGGAGCAGAUCUUGAAAUCUUACACAAAGAGAUUGCUGAAAAAAAUGAAACAAUUGCUCUGCUGAUGUCAGAAAAAGAAAUGCUGCUGUCUCAAGUUUCUGAAAAAGAGAGAAUGGUUCAUGAAGCAACUCAAGCACUGGCAUCCAAAAUGGAUUUAGUAAAUGAUGAAAUGAUAAGAGGAAACACUGUAGCUUUUGAAGAACCCAGACAGUCGUGUGAUAGAUUGGAGCAGAAAUCCUUGGUUGUGGCUGAAGAAGAGAAAUCUAUGAAAACACAAAUAGAUCCCUCUUCCAAUGGAAGUCUCAAUACGUCCAUCAGUUAUAAUACCCAAGAACUAUCUAGCAAAAUUGAAGAAUUACAGGAGAAGGAUUUGGAACAAGAGGAGCUACUCACACUUAAAGAACAAUUGGAUGAAGCUCAUCAAAAGCUGAGUGAAAUGGAAGAGCUCAAAGAUCAGUUGAAGGUUUGGGAGUCUAAAAUGGAAGCCGAGGAGGAACAAAAGUCAGACAUCAUAGAAAGACUUCAGGAAAAUCAAGAAAAAAUAAGAAUUCUGACCCAAGAAACAAGUGACUUCAAACAAAAACACGAAGCCCUUGAGAAGGAGAGAGAUCAGCUCAAAGAAGAUAUACAAGAUACCAUCUCGAUGAAUAUUGAAGCCCAGGAGGGGUUUAGGAAUGCCCAGAAUUCUUUGAAACAGUGUCAGGAGCGCAUUAAAGAACUUGAAGAAACUAUUGCAGAGAAAGACAAACAGAUUUCAAGAGUUCAGGAAACUUUAGAGUUCACAAUUGCUGAUCAAAAACAGCAGCAACAAACGAAGUCCUUUGACCCUCAGCAAUUGCUCCAGACGAAUCAGAAUGCAGAAAAUUUUGAUGACGCAGAGCAGCUAAAAAUUAGUCUUGAGUCUCAAGUGGAAGUCCUGCAGAAGGAGAAUGUCGAGCUGGUUCAGAAGCUUCACAGCACUGAAGAAGACAUCAAAUACGUCAGUCAAGAAAAAGAGCAUCUGAAAACAGAAAUAGAGAUUCUUCAGGCUGAGAAGGAUACCGUGACUCAAACUGUCCACCAUCUAGGUGAGACUCUAGAGAAGUUGGUUCCAACGAACUUGGAGCUGCAGGAACAAUUGAGGGAGGCUAAUAAUUCUCUCAGAGAACAUAAGGAAAUGAUAGAAGAACUGAAAGGGAAAACCAUAGCCAUAGAUUCUCAGACUUCAAAAAUUGACGAGGAAUUGAGACAAAAGGCUGAGGAUACUCAAUUAGAACUGGAGAAAUUGUUAGCAUAUGUCAAAUUGCAAGAAGAUGAGGUUAAUACACAGAAGAAUUUAGUUCUUGAGAAACAACAGGUGUUUCAGAAACUUGAAGAGGAAUUUAAAGAAGAAACAAAAAAACUAAAAGAAAAGAUCCAACACCUAGAAAACAAUUCCCUCGAGCUGCAGCAACUGCUCUGCCUGAACGAAGAGGAGAGUCAGCAGAAUGUAGAGAACAUGAAGGAUGCAAAACAGCUUGACAGUAUCUCUGAGUCCCAAAUGGAGGCCUUGCAGAGGGAAAAAACUGAGCUGGUUCAGAAGCUUCAGAGCACUGAAGAAAACGUCAACUACAUCAGCCAAGAAAAAGAGCAUCUGAGAACAGAAAUGAAGGUUCUUCAAACCGAGAAGGAUAACAUGAGUCAAACUGUCUAUCGUCUGAGUGAGACUAUAGAGAGGCUUGUUCCAGUGAAUUUGGAACUACAGCAAGAACUGAGGGAGGCUAAUAAUUCUCUCAGAGAACACAAGGAAAUGGUAAAAGAACUAAAAGAAAAAAUCAUAACUACAGAUUUUGAGACUAUGAAGAUUCAUGAGGAGCUGAAGAAAAAGAGUGAGCAUUGUCAACUUGAACUGGAGAAAUUGUUGAUGCAUGUAAAAUCACAAGAAGAUGAGGUAAAUACCCAGAAGAAUUUGGUUCUUGAGAAACAACAGAUGUUUCAGAAAUUUGAAGAGGAGAUUAAAGAAGAAACUAAGCACCUGAAAGAAGAAAUAAUAAAAUCAAAUGAAGAGGUAAGCGGCCUUACUGAGGAAAAGAAACAAUUGACAGCCGAAUUGAAAGAGCAGGAGAAAUGUGUCCAACAGCUACUGAAAGAGAAGGCCUUGCUUCGAAAAGAGAGAGAUGACCUUCAGCAGGUUAUGCAGAACAAUGAAGCAGAAACACAAAGGCAACUUCAGGAGACCUUAUCUGAAAACGCUGCAAAGAUAAUAAAAUUAAAUGAAGAGGCAAACAGCCUUACUGAGGAAAAGAAACAAUUGACAGCCGACUUGAGAGAGCAGGAGAAAUGUGUCCAACAGCUACUGAAAGAGAAGGCCUUGCUUCAAAAAGAGAGAGAUGACCUUCAGCAGGUUGUGCGGAACAUUGGAGAAGAAACACAAAGCCAACUUCGGGAGACCUUAUCUGAAAAUGCUGCGAAGAUAAUAAAAUUAAAUGAAGAGGCAAACAGCCUUACUGAGGAAAAGAAACAAUUGACAGCAGACUUGAGAGAGCAGGAGAAAUGUGUUCAACAGCUACUGAAAGAGAAGGCCUUGCUUCAAAAAGAGAGAGAUGACCUUCAGCAGGUUGUGCGGAACAUUGGAGAAGAAACACAAAGCCAACUUCGGGAGACCUUAUCUGAAAACGCUGCGAAGAUAAUAAAAUUAAAUGAAGAGGCAAACAGCCUUACUGAGGAAAAGAAACAAUUGACAGCAGACUUGAGAGAGCAGGAGAAAUGUGUUCAACAGCUACUGAAAGAGAAGGCCUUGCUUCAAAAAGAGAGAGAUGACCUUCAGCAGGUUGUGCGGAACAUUGGAGAAGAAACACAAAGCCAACUUCGGGAGACCUUAUCAGAAAACGCUGCGAAGGAUUCUGAAAUGAAUGUCAAACGGAAGAUGCAAGACUACUUUGAAAUCUUGGAAGCAAAAAUAUUCAGAAUAAUGGAGGCUCUGAAGAAAUUUCCAGAGCUGGAAAAAAGAUCUGAAUAUUUCAUAAACGUCUCUCUUCAGAUCAAGAAUCAGUUUGAUAGCAAGAAAGCUCUAAUUGCCAAGUGGCUUCCUGGCAUUUCUCCCCAGGAAGCCAAUAACAUCAAAAUGCUUCAAAUAGAAACUGAGCGUAUGAGCAACAGCCUCUAUAGCUUGUUGAACACACUCCAGUACUUUUUUACCUGCUUGUGCAACAAAAGAAAGGAAUACUACACAAAUGUCAGCAAGUACACAAGGGAGCUGCUUGAUGAGCGAAGAAAUCAACAUGCACUGCUAAUGCAAAUUCAGCAACUCGGGAAGCCUCACGUGGAACAGCAGGGAGCUGGAUCGCAACAGUCUGGUGUCUCGGAACUGAUACAGAGCUUGGAUGGUCUCACAGAGCAAAUUUCAAAAGAAGUUUCUGAAAUGGAAGAAGAACUCGGUAGCACAGAGGUUACGUUACAAGAGUUGGAACGUGAGAACGUAAAGAUGGAACAGUAUUUGGAACGGUGCUCAGAUUAUUUUGAAUUGCAAGGCUUUAAGGCAACAAUAAAGCAAAAUAUUGAAAAGUUUCGGUCCAUUAAUCAAUUACUACAGCCCAAAGCUCAGCCCUAUUUUCAAGCUAGAUCGGCGCUGGAAGCCAUAAACGCCAAAUACUGCAGCGAGAUUGAUGCUACUCUGAAAGCAUGUAAAGAAGAAACAAAGGAACUGAUUCUACAGUUAGAUAAGUUAAAGAAAGAGCAAAAAUCCUGUGCUGUUCCUAAGAUGGUACUAGAAGAAGAAAACUGUAAGAUAAAGUAUAAACUGAAAGCAACAGAACAAGAUACAAAGAAUCUACAGUUGAAAAUACAAGAACUAGAAAGCAUAAUAAAUGAAAGAAGUAAAAAUCUCCAAGAAAAAGAGAAAACAAUAGCCACACUACAAAUGAAACUUAAAGUCAGAGGUUCCAGGAGUGAAGUCAUCAAGCUUCAAGCUGCAUUAGAGGAAAAAGAAAAUUUCUUAAGAAAUGCAUUAAGUGAGAAAGAAAUACUCAAGGCCCAGGUGGAUAAAGGUUUUGGAUUAUAUAAGGAAGAAAUUGUAGACCUGAACACUAAGCUUACUAAAGCUGAAAUGGCAAGAAUGAAGCAAUCCAAAUUGUUUGAUCAACAAAUGGCAAAUGCCAAAGCUCUGGCAGAACAAAAGGAAAAACAGUUAAGAAAGUUGAAGGAAGAACUUCGUAAAGCGCAACAAGAACAGGAUGUGACGGUGAUGUCAAAUAAAGACUUUCCUCAGCCAUGUCUACCAAUUACUUGCGGUGGUGGUAGUGGAAUCGUACAGAAUACCCAUAUACUAGUGUUAAAAUCCGAGCAUGCAAAACUGGAAAAGGAACACGCUCAACUCAAGAAAGAACAUGAGCUGCUGUUGUCAAACAACCUUUUAUUGAAAGAAGAACUCAAGAAAUGGAGGGAGCGAGCUGUGAAGAAGAGGGAGCAUGCCUUGGGAGACACAGCUGAGGAGUGGAAAGUCAAGUCUCCAAAGAAAGCGCCCUCCUCAUCUCUUUCAGCAUUGCCAGCCUCUCCCUGCAAGGACCGCUCCAUGCAGCCCAUUUUGCCUUUGGACACACCGCAGUUGAUGCCGUCGAACAGCCAAUCAAAUUUCUUUGAUAACUCAUGCUUAGGUAUUACUGCAAACACAAGAUUUGGCAGAACAGAAGCCGAAGAAAACAACAUUAAGAACUGGCUUUCAUCAGAAGAUGGAGAUGUUUCUAAUUGCAAGACUCAGUGACAGAUUCUUUCAUAGAUGCUGGGCAAGACUGACAGAUGCGACUUCAUUUUUCCUCUUCUGUCAAGAUGAAACUGAUGGUCUUUGAACAUACAUUCCCUCAUACCCAUAUGUAUUUCUUGCUCUUGUUUGGUAUAACUCCAUUAGAAAAUUUGUUUUGUAUUUUUAAAUGUAUAGUGUUAUUUUUGUAAUUUUAAAUGUAUAAAUAAAAUACCUUUACAUAAAUUUUUCUAUUUUCUAUUUUAGCAGUGUAACUUUCAGUUUGUUGAUUAUAAGUGGGUUUUGUUUAUUUGCUUUUGUAAAAUAAAGUCUAUCAAUUUAAUACUUUCUAUUUGACCCCUAGAAUUCUCACCAAAACCAAAUUAGAUCUCAUUUUAAUUACUUUCUAUUUGGCCCCUAGAAUUCUCCCAGAAUCCAAAUAAGGUCAAUGUUAUUAGAUCUCCACAGUUGGUAACAUCUCUCAGAUAAAAACAUGUCUAUAUAUACAAAGAUAUACAGCAUAUGCAUUGAUAUGCCUCCACAAAAUGAAAAUUGCCUAAUCAUGACUAUAGCUGAAAGAAUCUUGAUAAAAUAUGAACAAUAGACUCAAGAUCCUAAGCAGACAUUUCACUGGAUAGAUAAGUUAGGAGUAUGGAGUCCUUAGUGGUCUCUGAGUUUGGUUUUUUUCUUGCGGAUGUUUCAUUACUCAACUAGGUAACCCCUUUAGUAGUAAAAUGGGGUUUGCUCUCUGUUUAUAUACAGUGUUAUGCCCUGUCAGUGUUGAUGAGUGUUGUUUUCUAGGUAGUUUCUUGUUUGGGGGUUGUUUACUGCUUGACUGUUUGUUGGUCUAUUAUUAAUCCUGGUGAUUCUUGCUUAUCUGGGUUUUGAUUGCUGAUUCACUUAACCAUAGCAAAAAAGGUCAUUAAAUUGAACAUGAUUCAUUUAACAACUGCCUUGCUUUAGCAAAAUUUUGCACCUAAUUGAGGUCAUAAGUCGAGAACUGCCUGUAGUAUGUCAGAGUACUGUUAGAAUGUUUAGAAAGAAUAUUCUAUUUUACACCAGGGGUGUCAAACUCAAGGCCCGUGGGCCGGAUUUGGCCCGCAAUGUGGUCAGACCCAGCCCACACGGCCAUCCUUGUCUACCAAGUGCGAAGAAGAAAAAUGAGGCCAGUCUACCGAAUGCAAAGAGGAAACAUGGCAAGAGUUUGGGGAGUGGCGUCAAGCUAGCCACGCCCACCUAGUUGGUCACACCACCCAGUCGGCCACAGUCCUGAUGCUGGCUUCAAUGAAAUUGAGUUUGACACCCCUGAUUUACACUCUUAUUAAGGCUCAGAAACAAUGCCUCACUUUGUUUUCUUUAAAAUUUGUUGGCCUUAUCACUCUUCACAGCUCUUGAAAGUAGCUUACCCAAGGAAACUAGAUAAACUGUGCAUAGCUUUUCAUUAGAUAAAUAUAUUCUCAGAAAAUUUAAUGAGGCUUUGCAUGGGAGGAAGGAAGUUUCUUAUAUAGGAUGGUGUGAGAAUGAAAUUGGAUGAAUGAUAUUGUGAGAUUGUAAAGGACGGGCUGAUUGUAAUGUAUAUAACCUGU